AUGCCUUGGGAAACACCUGAAUUUCGAAAUAGCUUGCUUGAUUUCAGUGUACCUUUGGGAAGGGGGCCACUACCCCUCAUUCCUGUGAGCAGCAACAUUUCUGUUCCGGUUCCCAAACAGCCGGCUGUCUCUUUUGCACAUCGAUUCUCUCGUGUACGUCAUGAUAUUUCUUGGGAGAACCAGACCGAGAAGAGACUGGUGGCGGCCGUUCGGAAGUGGACUGCUCUUGUACUCAGGAGCCCUCAGUCUUUCGAUGUGGGUCGGAAGGUCACGUCACUGGCACCUGCGGGGGUCCAAGUGUCAAGGUCGCUGCGACAUGUGUUCGCAGGUAAGGCAGUUGGAACUCUGCACAGUCGGGCUGAUCCGCUCAUACGAUACGUGGCAUGGGCUGAUAGGCAUGCAGUCUUGGCAUUUCCAUUCAAGGAGGCUGACAUGUACGAGUUUGCUUGUGAGUGCGAACAUACAUGCUCGCCGAGUUUCCUCAAAAGCUUCCUGAGCGCGGUGACCUUUUGUUUCUUCAUUCUUGGAACGGAGAGCGCUCAGGAGGCGAUGGCUAGCAUGAGAUUGAGUGGUGUGGCCAGGGCAUGCUACUUGACAAAGCGGAAGAGGGUCCAGCGCCCACCGUUGUCGACUGAGAUGGUACAGCGACUUGAGAGGUUUAUAGUUUCCCCCGAUGGGGAUCGCAUUGAUCGGUUCAUAGCUGGAUUCUUCUUGCUCUCGAUUUUUAUGAGGGCCAGGUAUUCUGAUACACAGAACAUGUACAAUGUCAGCGAGGACAAGCCGCAGGUCGACCCGUCUGGGCUUGGAGGCUACCUUCAGGCCGACAUCGCACGCAGCAAGACAUCUUACACCACUGAGAGGAAAACUCAGCUGCUGCCGAUGGUGUGUCCACGCAAGGGUAUCUCUGGCGAAGAUUGGUUCCAGGCGUGGUCCAUACUGAGAAAGGAAUUGAACGUCCCUGUUGGAGAGGGGCUGCCCGUCCUGCCGGCGAUUUUGACCACCGGACACUGGGCUAGUCACCCUCCGAGUGCCUCGGUCGCUGCUGGAUGGUUGAGAUUCGGCAUCGACAGCUAUGAUCAGAGGGUGUUGGGGUAUCACACGGCUCCGGGCGACCGCAGCGCCCAAGUCUACAGCCGCGAUGCCGUAUCGGCAUCGGUCAGGGUGCUCGAGAAAUACCCGGAGCGGGUACUUCCCCACGGCGGACCCAACGCCAGCUACGACUACGAAGCUUCCUCAGAGGCGUCUCUUGAUGAAGAGGAUGCCGAGACCGAUUGUCAGGAGCUCGAGCGAGCGCUGGACGGGGUCGUGGAUGAUUGGUGUGAGGAAGUGCCUAAGCGCGAGUUGAAGGCAGAGCACUUGGUUCGCAAUCGGUCUUCACGCAUGCUGCACUUGAUUGCCGACGAGGGCGGAACUUCUCUAUCUUGCGGCAGGACAUGCACGAAGAACUACGAGAAGGUCGAUGGCCGGUGUGCUAUCCCCGCGUCAGAAUGUCACCGGUGUGCAUUUUGCCCCGAGUCGUAUCACAUGUCGGGUCAACGGUGUGUCAGCGAGACCCCGCCACGACAGAACAUUGAUGAUGUGAAAGGGACGGUCCUGGCGUGA